CGUCAAUUGAGCAUAACAACAACAACCACGCGGUUUUUAUCGCCACGCAAAAAAUGGCUGCGCGCGACCCCCCGGGUGCAUUUGACGACCCCUUCACCCUCAGCGACCCCGAUGAACAGGUUGAUCGCGCCCCGCGCCCGCUGCCGGACCACAAGCUUUGGAGCCACAAAUAUGACACUAUCGAUCAAUUGAUGAAUGAUCUUCAAGCCUGUGCUAUUUCAGUCGGCUUUUUCAUCAAGAAAAUGCGCUCCAACAACCAUGUCAAGGACUUCGGAGCUACAAGGGUCGACAUUUCCUGCCUACAGAAUAAAACGCGACCUUCAGAAGCCUUCUCACAAACAAACUACCCCAAGGAGUGUGACUGUGAGUUCAAGGCUGUUGCAACGGCCUUGGUCAAGGACAACCAGAAAUGGACCUUCGACUUGAAAGAGUCGGCUCAUAACCACAAGCUGGAGAAGGACCCCGAUAAAGUCUUCCGCCCCCGGCGGUUCUGGACCGACGAAGAGAAGGCAUUCGUAGCCUCGUACAAUGACAGGCCGAGCGUCCUGAACCGCGAUAUCGCUAUUGAUAUACGCAUAAAGUUCCCCAGCAUCGACUUCAAUCGCCGUCAACCCCGUAACCUUCGUUAUUCACUACGCAAGAAUGAUCUCGCCAGCCACCCACCUUUUUGAGCCACAAUGAGGAUGUUGGAGGAGAAAGGCAUACAAUGUUCAGUCCUUUGGUCGUGAAGUGGUGUCCAAAGAAGUAGAUGUGAAGUGAAAGUCCAAUGUCGAUAGGCAGAAGUUGCAGGACGAUAUGGGAGUGUAAAAGGUCUGCAAUUGCAAGGAAUAGCUGAAGGUGGUUUUAAAGGUUGACGGGUCAACUACCACCAGAACCACUGUUCAGAUGCGCUCACUGUUAUUCAUUAUUAUGCUGCUACUUGGUUCCUAUUGUUCAUGUGCAGCUCAACAGUGGCAACUGUUUGUAG